AUGGAUGAGGUCGAACAACUUCAAUUCCAGUUGAAGUAUAGUCUGGGCGCAUUGAAACCUCGACUAGUCGAAGUAUCUGGUAAUGACAACCUUCACAGUACUAUCAACUCUGCCGCCGCUGUUGUAUCAUCGAUUCAAUUCAACAAACACUUUUAUAUUCCUCAGAAUGUCAGCAGUAUUUUUACUGGAAGGGAGUCAUUACUGGAAGAACUCAAACACGCGUUUGACAUUUCGUCACCAUUGGAACGGAAUCACACUCAGCGACGAUUUGUGAUUUACGGCCUUGGAGGUUCAGGCAAGACACAAUUCUACUGUAAAUUUGCGCAGGAUAACAGAGAAAAGUAA